UGCAAGGUUUAUAACUUCUAAUAGACAUAUAACCUCUCCUCUCUUCCUCAGUGUGUGUGUGUGUUUUAGUUAUUGAACUCUGCAACUUUCCUUUCUUCUGAUCACCACUAGCCGAUAUAUAUAGAGAGAUAUUGAAGCAUUGAAGCAUCAUCCAUUGUUUCCUUUCAUAUUAAAAAUUAUUCCAAGAGAGAUGGAGUUCGGAAGCGUAGUGCAGUUCCUCGAGGACAAGACGAUCCUUGUUACCGGUGCCACUGGCUUCCUCGCUAAGAUCUUUGUGGAGAAGGUGCUGAGAGUUCAGCCGAAUGUGAAGAAACUGUACCUUCUUCUGAGGGCUUCCGAUGCCAAAACGGCCGCUCACCGGUUUCACAAUGAGGUGAUAGGUAAGGACUUGUUCAGGGUGCUGAAGGAGAUGUGGGGUGAGAACUUCAGUUCACUCAUCUCAGAGAAGGUGGCCGUCGUCGCCGGAGACAUCUCCGUUGAUUAUUUAGGGGUCAAAGGCUCUGACCUGAGAGAGCAGAUGUGGGGCCAAAUUGAUGCCAUCAUUAACUUAGCUGCAACCACCAAAUUUGAUGAGAGGUACGAUGUUUCGUUGGGCAUCAAUACCUUGGGGUCCAAGCAUGUCGUCGACUUCGCGAAGCGAUGCGGCAAGCUGAAGGUUCUUGUCCACGUGUCAACUGCAUAUGUGUGUGGGGAGAAGGGAGGAUUGAUAGAGGAGAGGCACUAUCAGAUGGGGCAGACAUUGAAUGGGGCGUCAGGGCUCGACAUUGAUGCAGAGGUGAAGUUGGCCCAGGACAAGUUGAAAGAGCUCACAGCUAUGGGCUCCACCCCUCAGGAGAUCUCUAUGGCCAUGAAGGACUUGGGCAUCUCGAGGGCAAAGACAUAUGGGUGGCCUAACACUUACGUGUUCACAAAGGCCAUGGGAGAGAUGCUCGUGGGGCGGUUGAAAGGAAAUCUACCUGUUGUCACCUCUCGUCCCACCAUCAUCUCCAGUACUUACAAAGAACCCUUCCCCGGCUGGGUUGAAGGUGUUAGAACCAUAGACAGCCUCACAGUGAGCUAUGGUAAAGGCAAACUCCCGUGUUUUCUAUGCGAUCCGAGGGGGAUCAUUGAUGUGAUACCCGCUGACAUGGUAGUGAAUUCGAUCAUAGUGGCAAUGGCAGCGAACGCGGGCCACCAGCGACCCGAUGAUGAGGUGAUCUAUCAGGUGGGGUCUUCUCUCGGGAAUCCCCUCAGGUACUGCAAUCUCGAGGAGUACGGGUAUCGCUACUUUUCUGAGCAUCCAUGGAUUAACAAGGAAGGGAAGGCCGUGAUAGUUGGGAAGGUUAAGAUCCUCAGCAGCAUGGCCAGUUUCCGAAGAUACAUGGCCCUUCGAUACUUGCUGUUGCUUAAGGGACUGGAAGUGGCAAAUGCAGCAUUCUGCCAGUUCUUCCAGGGCACCUACCUCGACAUGAGCCGGAAGAUUAAUCACGUGAUGCGUCUCAUGGAGCUUUACCGGCCGUACUUGUUCUUCAAGGGAGUAUUUGACGACAUUAACACGGAGAAGUUGCGAGCUGCCAUGAGGGACAACGGGGCGGAGGCAGACAUAUUUUACUUCAACCCGAAAUGCAUCAACUGGGAUGACUACUUCAGGAGGAUUCACCUUCCCGGCGUUGUGAAAUACGUCUUGAAAUGAACAUUUCCAUUGAACAUGUCAAUAGAGAAUGAGAUUAAUGUGUUUGCACGAUUAAUUUUCAGUAUCUGAAAAGUUUAAGGAGCUUCGUCCUAUUAUAGCAAUUUAUAUUAUAGUGAUUGAAGGCAGCAUUCAUAUGGAACCAAAAACAGAGCUUAUUGUGCUUGUGUUCUGUGGAUUAAUAUUCUUUGUCAUUAUAAAUGUCAUCACAGUAUGUACAACUGCUUCAUAUUCAAUCCGAUUAUCUGUUUCAACAAGACC